CCCAACCACUCAAUAUUUGCUGCAAUGCUUUUGUGAGCUUCGAGCGGUUUUCCAUGUGUUUGGCAAACCUCACUGCAUGACUCGUCCCUAGAAAGGCCCCUCUCUUCGAACAGCACUGUGGCAUCGAAGAGCGGAGAAGAACCAACGCGAUGUCGAGCAAUAUGAAGGCUCAAAGGAAGGUGUUCGUCGAUGCGAGUACCAACAAGUGGCAGGUGCAACAGAAGGACGAGGACGGCGAGUUUCUGCAGAUGGCCGCCCUGCAGCAAAACGUGAGGACGCUCACCAACUGCCGAAUCUUUGCUGGAGUCAUGGCUGGCUGCAUUGCUGGCCUUCUGAAGAUUGAGGGGCUACUAGGAGUUGGUGUGUUCAUUCUGGUGACCUUGAUCCAUUCCCUGAUGAUCGCAGCGAAGAUGGAAUUCGAAGUGCACAGGCACUUUCCCAAGAGCCGAGACCUCUUUGUGAGUCAGUUUGGUGGAGGGCUGCUGUCAUUCAUCCUCUUCUGGACCUUGUCCUUUGAUAUGGUCCAUAUCUUCUGACCGCCUGGCCGCUACUUCGUGCGGUCAAUGACGACCAUCCAAGCAACGAGAGUUCACUCCGGUGGAUUGUCAGAUAUGACAGAGCGUGAUACGAAAGCAGCAAUCAGUCAAA